AUGAACGCAAUAAAUUCAAAGCACCAGCUAACCAGAAUAUGCGGCAUGUUGAGUUCAGCUGUAGAAGGGAACGAAGAGAAGUUUCUCACUCAAUAUUCUGUUAUGAACAUUGUCGUCAGUCAUCAUAAAGGGAAGAUCGAAGUUGUCAAACACAAAGUCGAAGUUCAAUGCCGAUUUAUAGAUUAA